GCCAGAGCGACCACCCAUGCAACCACGACGUCGUAAGCAUCCCGGAACUUUGGGAGUCGAUGAUCCUCCCCUCUAUCAAAGACAUACAGACAUCACUCCCGCUUCUGCUGGGGAGGAUCGCAGACGCAUGGGCGAUACUAUCCGACACCGUCCAGCGACAUGAAGCGCUAAUCCGAAAACGCUGGAUGAAGAAGACGCAAGCCCAGAGAACGUCUGUUCUUCUUGAGGUUGAUCCUAAACUGCCUCGAACGCAUCGACCCGAUAUUGACAGGUUUCUCUUAGAUUCAUGCCCACAUCGUAGAGAUAUGCUUGACUUCGAAAAGUACGUAUGGCCCUACCUCAAUAUCGAAGACCUGGUGAAACCGAAGUCUCUGUUACUCCUACUCAAUGCCCGAGGUCGUCAUUCCCCCGAAGUGUUUGCAUUCUCGGAUUUCGAGCUUGCACCGCUAUGGAAAAUCCGACCAAAGCUUCUAGAAGCCAGGCAGAGCAAGUUUACCAUGAACUUCAUCGGAUCCUCGAAUGUUGGAGAGUAUGGGUCUUUAGUCGAGUGGUCAAGUCCCGCAGCCGCCAACGAGUCGAUAACAAACGGUCAUACCGUGCAUCUCAAUCACGGGGUACAGAUCUUGUUGAUCCAAGAGGGUCUGCUCAAGUUCCUCAAUCGAUGCUGUAUAGCAAUCGUUCCCGAACUGUUCAAGGACAUCGGCGGCAACCGUGCAUAUCCACCCGAGCCGCCAUCACUUUCGGACAAUACCGAUGUUUAUAGUACGCUUGAGGUCAUAGCUAGAGAAGCACCUUACCGAGUGCCUGCGUGUCUUGACUUCAAGAAGCUCAGGGACCUGGUAUCUGCCACGAAGGAUCUAGCAGAAGAUCAUAUCUGGGCCCUUCGAGAGGAUCCCAGCUACUUUGCCGACCAUGUUCGAGAGUACAAAGAACAUCGACCAGAGACACUGCCGGGCGACUGCUGCGGUCAAAUCGCACAGAGUGGACAAGACCGACCUCUGUAUAACCUGGUGCUGAAGAACGUCGUUACUGAUGCUUACAUUGAAUACUUCGCCUGGAAUGAGAUCCAUUGUAGGAUCUCUAGGCUUCACGCCAUGUACAAACAAUACCAAGCCGCGAUUGAUCCUCACAAGGAGCUCCCGGCACCUAUGUUUGAGCUCCUCGUCGAAACGCGUUUCUUCCUGACAGCCACGAUUCUGGAAUUCAUACAUCGCAUGAGGGGAGGCUGGCCAGCUUCUCCUGCAGUUCGACGAUACUAUGCCCGAGCAUGCAACCGACAAUAUGCCGGGCCCCAGGAGUUCAUCGAACUCAGGUGUUCUAGGAAGAAGACGGGCGACAAAGAGCUAGAGGAUAUCCUCCAGUUAUUUGAGUGGCUUUGGGAACCUAGCGUCCGCGAGACACUAGAAGUGCAUACGCUCGUAGAGUCAAUAGAGCGCAUGCUGCAGAACAGCCCCAGGGCAAAGUCUGUCACAAGCUAUUGGGUAUCGUCGUAUCUCUCUCAGUUGUCCAUCGCAGCUGAAUGUGCUCAUCAACUCGACAUCUUCCAGCCUUGGGCUAAGAAGGUUGCGUGGGCCGUGAAACAACGAAAGACGCAGCUUCUCAUCGACUACGCUACUGUGUUCUCCUGCUGGAACGGCAUCUUGAAAACCAGUUUCCAAGGACAAACGAUGGUCAAUCUGGGUAGACCAGGGUUGAAGUUCGAAUACCCUGUCCACAAGCGUCGCACUCGCACCAACGUCGAGCAUUUGAGAGCUGCUGAAGCCGCCUUGGAUGCAUUUUGGGCGGCAGCAGAUGAUAAGUUCCUUCGAAAAGCCGGGACAACUCCCCAUGACGUCGUCUGUGAUAUUCUCAAAGCCCGGACAUUGCAGCGCACGCCUCCCUGGGAAGAAUUUGAGACUGUGCAGAGGACACCCAAGCACUCUGAAGCUCAGGAGUAUGUCUACGUUCCGCUCUCGGAAACCAUUCACGACCCCACAAAACAGAUUACAGGAACCUUUGACAGGCUUGCUGUAAACAUCAACACCAAGACCAAGACGCACGGGUUGGCACAUCAUGGACUCAACUCGAUCGAUGAAGUAUUGCAGACGACAACACCUAACGAAGAUCACCAGCCAACUUUCCACGUCGACAAACGGGCGUAUAGAGUCUUCAGAACAUUGUUCCACUCUCCCCUGUCCCGCGAUCAGCCUGGUGAGAUUCCUUGGGUGGACUUUUUGCACGCCAUGGUUUCGACUGGCUUCGCUGCUCAGAAACUUCAAGGAUCAGCCUGGCAGUUCACCCCGAAGAACCUGGACAUCGAGCACCCCAUUCAGUUCCACGAACCUCACCCAUCCUCCAAGCUUCCUUUCACUUGGGCUCGGCGCUUUGGGCGACGUCUGUAUAGAACGUAUGGCUGGAAGGGGAGCAUGUUCCAGCUUGCCUGAGGAGCAGGAAGUGCCGUUUGCGGACCUAAAGUCUCUCUGAUCGCCUGUCUUUUAUCUAUGUUCUGUGUUCUCUCUCUUUGUUUGUUCUUUGUCCAUCAUGGAAUCCACUUCCAAACACGUUUUGUCGCCAAAUCGAUGGCCAAACUACGAAACUAGGAUGAAUUUGCAGUUUAGGCAAAUUCAUCAGGGGAAGUUCGUUUCUAUCCAAGCGCCACGUUCCUUCUUCACCUGGCGAACCGAUUUUUGCAUUAUGGUGGAGCUACGCCCAAGUUUCCAGAAAGUCUCUAGUGACUUGGUGAGAUAUUGGACAUCAUCCCAUGCGGUGUUUGGAUAUCUGGUCUCUUGAUUUCUAUGCGUCGUCACUUUCGUCCCAUUUCCAGAGAAGUUAUUUCCUCUUUUUCUCUCAAACCUUUGUAUUCUCCACGUAUAAGUAGUUUCACAUAGUAUAUGACGUCCAAAACACUCUUGAACUCUACUCAAGUAC